UCAACGCUCUCUGGUGAGAAAAGUUGAAGUUGCCGCGCACGCAGAGCGGCAGCAGACGACGAUAACUUCGCAGGAAAAAUUUUCUCGUAUGGACGGAAGACAGGACCAAGGAGGUUAUGAGAGAACCUCUGGAGGUUUGGGGGGCGACUUCAUCUCUCUCGGAUCAAAUAGUGGACCAGACGAUUCUAAUCAGAGAUGGCCGCGAUGGAACCGACGAGGACGUGGACGCGGUAUACAUCAGUCGUACAACAGAUUCGAGAGACAGUUCUGUGAUGGACCCAGCCAACCCGUUCAUUCAGAUAAUCCGCAACACAUGAGAGAACUUAGCCAAGCACCAUUCUAUUCAAAUAAUCCUCAUCACAUGAGAGAACCUAGCCAAGCACCGUUCUAUUCAAAUAAUCCUCAUCACAUGAGAGGUCAAAAUAGAGGCAGAGGAAAUCAGAACUUCCGCGGGCAGCAGGGCCCUAGGAAUCCCAAAUACCCUAAGGGUUCUGAUAUUCCAAUAUCCGCAUACUACCACCCAUCUAUGGUGGAAGAUCCUUGGGAGGCCUUAGAGAACUUAUUACAAGGCCCAAAAAUCGAAGCACCUUCAAGUGACGUGCCUCGUGAUGAUUUGGAUCAAAUUGCGGAUGAAAGUGAUGACAUAGAUAGGCCAAAUUCAGGAGACAGUGAUGAUUCUGAAUGAAUAAGUAUUUUGUAUGUUUUCUCUUAAAUGAAAGAGGAAUUUUAUUUUAAGAUACAGGUUCAUACAUUAUUAAAUUACUAUAUGACAGAGAAAGGAAGAAUUUGUUUACCACAACUGACCAUACUUAUUUGAUUAUAUUGUAAAAGCUCAUUUAUUUUCUAAGAAAUACAAAAUAUAUUUAAC